UUCCGCGGUCACACUGGCAGCAACAAAAAUAACAAAAAUUUCGUUUAACAAUUAGAAAAAGCUAAAAUAUAAAUUGAAAUGAGCGCAGAAAAGGCCUUUGAAAUGCAACGCCAGGUGCGUCAGAAUGCCAAGGAGUUACAAAGCUCGUUGAAAGAUUUAUACUCGUGGGAGAAGGACAUAAAAAACCAAGAGAUGGAACUGAAGAAGGCACCAGCCGCCGCUGCCGCCAAUAUUAAAAUGCCAGUGCGCAGUCAUGUCCAGAAAUCUGGACAAACUGAGCAGCAGAGCGCCAGUAGUUCUGCGGCCGAUACUCCAACAGAGAAGAAAGAUCCGCCGGGGGAUCCGGUGGCUCGGCAGCACAAGAAGGCCAACGACAUAAAGGACCGCGGCAAUAACUAUGUUAAGCAGGGCGACUACGACAGAGCCAUCGAGGCGUAUACAGAAGCCGUGGAGGCCUAUCCCUACGAUCCAGUCUACUUCAUUAAUAGAGCCCUGUGCUACCUCAAGCAGGAGCGGUUUGACUGUUGCGUGGACGAUUGUGAGGCUGCCAUUAGCCUAGACAAGCUCUGCGUGAAAGCCUAUUACAGACGGAUGCAGGCGAAUGAAUCCCUUGGCAACAACAUGGAAGCGCUGAAGGAUUGCACAACAGUGCUGGCCAUUGAUCCCAAAAACAUAGAGGGCAAACAAAGUUUGGUUCGCAUAAACGAGCGCCUACGUAAAAAUGCCACAAAAAACGGUCCCAAUUUUAGCGCAGAUCGCCCUGACCUAAUUGACAUAUUGCCGAUCGAGAAGCCGGUUUACAAACGCUCGAAGCAAUCGAUGCGUCGAGUGACCAUUACAGAUAUUGUAUCGCCCAGACCCUCCACUGAUGAGGCAAAGCCAUUACGCAUCUCAGACGAUGACAUUGACAAAAUCUUCAACAGUUAUUGCGGCCCAUACAAAGAGAUUAAAAAGGAGGACUUGAAGACAACCCCAAAUCCACCCACAGCAACGCCCAUUGGGGAAUCUGUUGAUUCUGAACCGCCUGCUUUAUGUGUAAAGCAAAACCAAAACAUAAAAAAAGAUGCGUCUGCUGCUCCUAUAAAGAUAUCCCAAAAUCCAAGCAAUGAUGCCAAACAGACCGUGGCAGAUGCGGUGAAGGAAGCUAAACAGUCUGCUAACCAUCAACAAAUAUCCAAAAAUCUUAACAAAAAUCCAGUGACUGAAGUCAAACCAUCCCAAACCACAAGCAAAGAUUCACAAGUGUCUAAAAAUACGAUUGAUGCUCCUCUAAAUUCAUCAAAAACAUCAAGCAAAGAACAAGAAAAUAAACCCAAGAUCGAAUCUGGCUCCAACAAGGUUGGAGGAACCCCUCCCGUUGAGCGAGCACUGCCGCCAGCCCCAUCGGGUACAGCCCAAUUCUACAUAACCUGGAAGGAGCUAUCUGCAACGCAGAAAUAUCAGUACUUAAAAUCUAUAGAUAUAAAAAAUCUUUGCAAAAUUCUUGGUGCCGGUUUCGAUUCGGACACAUUCAAUGAUUUGUUGUGCACCGUUCAGGACUACUAUGUGCCGGAAAAAGAGCCCACAACGGCAUGUGUCCUACUGGAGAUUAGCAAAAAUGACGAGUUCCCCAUUUUGGCCAUGCUCAUGUCAGCUGAGGAGAAGAAAAUGGUGUCGUCUAUACUGAAUAAGAUAAAGAAUUGGCCCAAGAAGAAUCCGCAAGUAUUGGAGAAGCUCGUCAGGGCAUAUGGUGUGGAUUAAAAUACCUAAGAAUACGAGUUUCAGUGUACUUAUUUAUGUAUUUUUUUCAAAAUGGUUUGCUCAAACUAAUAUAAAAAGAAAGAAUGUACAAAUACAAGUUUUAAAAUGUUAAAAAA